AUGCAGGCCUCCAGCCGCCAGUGCCGUUGGGCCAGCCUGCCCAGCCCCAGCGCGCGCGAGGCGGCCUCUAUGUAUGGCACGGCGGUGGCCAUCUUCCUGGUCAUCCUGGUGGCCGUGCUGCAGGGCUUGGCGCCCCCUGAGCACCCCCUUCCCUACCGAAUCCCGCUGGACCCCGAGGGGAACCUGGAGCUGUCCUGGAACGUGAGCUACGGCCAGGAGGUUGUCCACUUCCAGCUGCUGGUGCGGCGGCUGGAGGCCGGGGUCCUGUUUGGAAUGUCAGACCGCGGUGAGCUGGUGGACGCCGACCUGGUCGUGCUUUGGACAGACGGAGACACAGCCUACUUCGCCGAUGCCUGGAGUGACCAGAAGGGACAGGUCCACCUGGAUCCCCAGCAGGACUACCAGCUGCUGUGGGCACAGAAGACCCCGGAAGGCCUGUCCCUGCUUUUCAAGAGGCCCUUUGGCACCUGUGACCCCAAGGAUUACCUCAUUGAGGACGGCACCGUCCACCUGGUGUACGGGAUCCUGGAGAAGCCGUUCCAGUCCCUGGAGGCCAUCAACACCUCAGACCUGAAGACGGGGCUACAGAGGGUGCAGCUCCUGAAACCCGACAUCCCGAUCCCAGCCAUGCCGUCCGACACACGCACCAUGGAGAUCCGCGCCCCCAACGUCCUGAUCCCCGGCCAGGAGACCACGUACUGGUGCUACAUCACAGAGCUUCCCCACGGCUUCUCCCGGCACCACAUCGUCAUGUAUGAGCCCAUCAUCACUGAGGGCAACGAGGCCCUUGUGCACCACAUGGAGGUCUUCCAGUGUGCCCUCGAGUUCGAGACGGUGCCCCACUUCAACGGACCCUGCGACUCCAAGAUGAAGCCCGAACGGCUCAACCACUGCCGUCACGUGCUGGCCGCCUGGGCCCUGGGCGCCAAGGCAUUUUACUACCCAGAAGAGGCUGGCCUGCCUUUUGGGGGGACUGGGUCCUCCAGAUUUCUCCGUCUGGAAGUUCACUACCACAACCCUCUGAAGAUCCAAGGCCGGCACGACUCCUCUGGGAUCCGCCUGUACUACACGGCCACACCGCGGCGCUUUAAUGCAGGGAUCAUGGAGCUUGGGCUGGUGUACACGCCCGUGAUGGCCAUCCCCCCGCGGGAGACCGCCUUUGUCCUCACUGGCUACUGCACCGACAAGUGCACUCAGCUGGCCCUGCCUUCCUCCGGGAUCCACAUCUUUGCCUCUCAGCUGCACACACACCUGACCGGGAGGAAGGUGGUCACCGUCCUGGCCCGGGACGGCCGGGAAGCGGAGAUCGUGAACAGGGACAAUCACUACAGCCCCCACUUCCAGGAGAUCCGCAUGCUGAAGAAGAUCGUGUCGGUCCACCCGGGAGACGUGCUCAUCACCUCUUGUACCUACAACACGGAGGACCGGGAGCUGGCCACCGUGGGGGGCUUCGGGAUCCUGGAGGAAAUGUGUGUCAACUACGUGCACUACUACCCCCAGACACAGCUGGAGCUUUGCAAGAGCGCGGUGGAUGCCGGCUUUCUGCAGAAGUAUUUCCACCUGCUGAAUAGGUUUAACAGCGAGGACGUGUGCACCUGCCCCCAGGCGUCCGUGCCUCAGCAGUUCGCCUCUGUGCCCUGGAACUCCUUCAGCCGCCGCGUGCUCGAGGCCCUGUACGGCUUUGUCCCCAUCUCCGUGCAUUGCAACAAGUCCUCGGCCGUGCGCUUCCAGGGUGAAUGGGAGCUGCAGCCCCUGCCCAAGAUCAUCUCCACACUGGAAGAGCCCACCCCGCAGUGUCCCGCCAGCAGGGGCCCAAGCCCCACCGGCCUCACUGUAGUCAGCAUCAGUGGGGGCAAAGGUUGAGUGGAGGCUGCCCCCGCCUCCUCCACGCUGUCCCAUGGGCUCACACCGCUCUGUGUUCCCCCCAAGCUGUGAGGACCCCCAUGAAACAGCACCGUGUGCC